UUGUUUAUCAGUAUUGUCUCAGCUUUGACGAGGAACGGAUCUCGAUAUAUUUUCACGAAUUUUUAACCACCAAUGAGUAAAAUUUCCUGAAAAAUGUCCUUUAAACGCCUUGUGAUCCUGCAUUUUUGCGUAUUUUUCGCCAUCCACGCAGUAGAAAGUCUCGAAAACGGUAGUUCGCAAGUAUUGAACACGAAAAAUAAAAAUUACAACAAAUUCGUAAGACACAUUUUCAACAAAUACGGCAGCGAGGGAAUCAUAAAUUUUGAGGGCUUGGAACACUUGAUGUACAAUUUGGGUCUCGGAAACUUGGAAUUUAGCGUAAAUCACACCGUGGAAGUUCAUCGCCCAGAAGGAGUUCACAUUCCAGGCAACUUAUGGGAUUACGCGAACAGCACUCAAGUGACUUCCGAGUGGCAUUCCAUUGUUUUCAAGAAGUUACAUGGCACGCAUCAGCACGAAGGGGCCCUAUUGCAUCCAAAAACUGCCAUUCCCCGAAAUCGGACCAAAAAUUGUUUAUCUCCUCUGAGCAUUGUGUCGAUGUCGAUAGAUGAGGCACCCGUCAGUCACUAUCACGAAGAUAUUCCGCAUCGGAGUAAACGACAUCCCGUAGAGUACAAUGAGAUGCUAAACGACCUGAAAAUCACUCCGGAAAUGUUUUUGCAACUUUGCCCAGCGUUAAUUGUCCAAAUCGACGGUCAUGACUGCAUUGAAGAUCCCGAACCGGAAAAUCCCUCUACUUAUACUUAUUUCCAAGCGUGGAUUUAUGCGUCGUUUAGUAUUCUCAUCAUCUCCCUUUGCGGUCUUUUUGGUCUUUUAAUCGUGCCAAUCGCCAAAUCCACGAAUUAUAACAUCAUUUUGGGAUUUUUAGUGGCAAUUGCUGUCGGAACGUUGCUCGGUGAUAGUUUGAUGCAUUUGUUGCCGCAUGCUUUGGUGCCUCACAGUCACGGGCACGACGAUUUUCACGAGCACAAAGAGGAAAAAGAUGAAAAUGAACCGAUUUACAUUUGUUUGUGUGCCUUACUUGCAGCUGUCUUCAUGUAUUCGUUGGAAAAUUUGAUGCCUCUCAUUGGGGGAGGGCAAUCGCAUAACCAUAGUCACGGCGCGAAACAUCACGAAAAGGAAGAAACACACGAAAUGACUGAUGCAAACACCCAAAAACGCUCGAAAAAGUUGACGCCGGUUGCGUUUAUGGUCGUUAUCGGCGAUGGAUUGCACAAUAUCACGGAUGGAUUGGCAAUUGGAGCGGCUUUUGUCAUUGAUCCGAUCACGGGAUGUAGUACGGCACUCGCUGUCUUGUGUCAUGAGUUGCCUCACGAGUUGGGCGACUUUGCGUUGUUACUUAAAACGGGCGUUAGUAUUAAAAGAGCGUGUCACUUGAACAUUGUUUCGUCAAUUUUGAGCUUUAUCGGGAUGGCACUGGGACUUGUUGUGUCGACUGAAGAGACUGCAAAGUGGAUUUAUGCAGCGACAGCAGGAACUUUCAUGUACAUCGCUUUGGCAGAUCUCGUUCCGGAGAUGCAAAAAGACAAAGAACGUGGAUUUAAGCAGAUUUUGAUACAAAUUCUGGGAAUUUUAAUUGGUUGUGGCAUUAUGUUGCUUAUAGGAUUGUACGAGGAAUCCUUGAGAUUUUUAUUUGAAUAAAAAAAAAGUGUUUUAAUU